AUGACAAACCUUCUCACCAACCAUGCAGAGAUUGAGGCCAACUGGUACAUGGAGGUGGUCACUCUUCAGGAGGGGGAUUUAUUUAUACAACCACCCGGACAAUACCAUGCAGCCUAUACACCCACUGAGUCGUUUGCCAAGGGAGCCCACUGUUUAAACCUAGAAUUCUUGCAUCGCAGUGAGCUAUCCCGGUUUGUUGACGCGAAGAAGGGACAUUUCCUCACCAAUCAAGUUCACAAACACUCCCUGGAAACACUGGAGCGAAUGGUCAUUUAUCUUCCAUGGGCGUCUUGCCGCACCAAUUCUCAUAAAUAUGUGGCUGUUGGUGCCAACAAGAAAAAAACGCUAAGGAGCACCACCAAACUGGCACUUGCGAUUUCCAGGGUGAUCAUGAAAUAUUUCUGGAAGGACUUGGAGACAGCAAAUUCAGUCUAUCGGUUUGGCUCUGAUAAACGCCGCAGCUCUCAGAGUCUAAUGCACCUGGGAGAGCUUAUUGACAGAAAAGAGCUGGCGAUUUGCUUGAAAACCGUUGAAGGAUCUUCAACUCAGCUGAGGGUGCAGCUGAUAUAA